UAAUAAUGUGCGUCGCCUGCGACUUGGCAGACCCGAUCUCAUACAGAUCCAUCCAUGCUAUAUCUUUACUCUCAAAUGCACCUUCAGUAUAGUUCUUUACGAUUGAGAUGUGGAGAAAAAAACCUGUGCAAUUUUCGGCGAUUGUGGAUAGAUUUGCGUCUCGGGUUUCUUGAAUCCCAUCUCGUCAGCCUCGCCGGAAUUAAUAUGGCAUAAACUCGUGCGCUCCCCACAGCAAGCUAUCUCGCCGAGCCAAGAUACGCCGAGUCGGCAGCGGGAGGCACAUGUCAGAUUACCAACAAUGCGACAUUCAAAAGCACUGGUCCGUCAUCACGGGCUUAUUCGGUACCGAAUCUCGUGUCGCCGGUCAAGAGGGUGCUCCACACUCUCCAACAUCAGCUUCAGCCCUCAAGUCUCUCCGUGGGGGGCUAGGAAGAGAUUUUGAUAUGUUCUAGAAGCCGAUUACACGAUGUCUCUUCU